AUGUUGAAUUUAUCCGGUGACUUUAAAUUUUGUAAUAAAAAUAAUGUCUCAGCUGUAAAUGACGCCGAUAUUCCACGUUCUGGUUCUGUAUUUUCAACGUGUAUAUUACUGGCAAAUAAACGAACUCUUUAUCCUGGCUUUCAUGAAUUCUUUUUUGAAUUUGUCAUUCCAGGUGAUCUGCCGGAAUCAAUUAGUUCCGAUCAUGUGUUAUGCGAGUAUUUCUUAAAAGCUACCCUCGUUCCACGCGAUGCCGACGAGUUAAAUUCCCUUAAUAAAGUCGUAGAUAUCAUAGAUAUCUUUGUGGAACGUGCUAUGUUAUCAAAUGAUAUUUAUAUCUUGCAAGGUCUUGAGUCUACAAGAUAUGUUGGUUCGAAAAAAAAAAUUCUUGAUUUCGAAUUUAUCAUACCAAAGAUCAUAAGUCUUGACACUGAUUCUCUUAGGUUUCACGCUCGUUGGGAUGGACUGCGUGUUGAUAACGUUACUUUCUCGUUUGUUCAAAGCGAAUGCCUUAGAGCUUUACUUCCGGAAACUGAAGUUGAAGAUUCUAAUCCCCCAACUUUAAUUGAUCGUGCUACAAAAAUUAUCUCUGGUCCUUUCCGCUUUAACUUACCAAGAAAUGAACGUUUAAAAUUACAAUGUAGACCAAUGGUUUUCCAGCUUCCAAUGAUGGAACCUUUUGUACAUGAUUAUGAUUUAUUUGGAAUUGAGAUUCGUCAUCACUUGAUUAUUUCUAUUCAAGUUGCAAAUAGACGUAAAGAUGUUAUUCAUUUUACUGUUCCUAUAACUGUCGAAUCAAUAAUUCCUGAUCCUAAAUGUUCUCCAAGUCCUUGCAAAGUCUGUCAAAAUUCUCAAUCUGCUUUACUUCAUUUUGCAAAUAAGAUUUAUCAUGGUAAAAUUCUGGACACUAAUAAGCCUAUUAGCUCUAAAGAUUCUAAAAAUAUUUCAACAAAGAAACAAUCAUACGAUCAACCUUCUCAAAAUGUUACAAGUAACGAUAACGAUAUUAAAAGUAACGAAGUUAAAAGUAAUGAAGAACCUAAAGAAACCGCUCCGCGAAUCGUUCCAUCAAGAUCUAGCAGUAUUCAAUAUAGUAACAGAAAUACUACUAUUAGAAAUAGUACUAUUAAUAGUGUUAAUGAUAUUAAUGAUCAUCGCAUUAAUAAUUUCAAAAGUUCUAUUAGUACUAUCACUGAAAGUGAUGAUGAUGAUGUUACUGAUAAUAUCAGUUCUGAAAAUACUGGUACAACGACAGCUACUACUGCAACUUACAUUAAUUCCGCUGAAAAUGCCCAGCAAGCUUUUUCUAAAGCUUUACCAAAACAAAAUAAUAUAUUUGUUACAACACCUGCAAAUGUUGUUGCUGAUAAAUUUGCAAAAUUUCAAUUUAUGUUACAACAAAAACGAAGUCGUCAAAAAUCUAUGAUUACGAAAAAUCCUGUAAAAUAUCGUUCUUCUUCUUCGGCGUCAGCAAUUAAAUUCGUUCCUGCUGGAUUAUUUGAUUUUUUGGCCAUGCGUGCUAACGCUAAUGAUACAACUUUGGAUACUUCAACUUUGACGGCUUGA